AUGGCGACCACAGCGCCACCGGUGGAUGCAGAACCUCCCGAGUGCCCGGUGUGCCUCUCCCCAUUCGACGCCGCCUCCGCUGUGCCGCGCGUCCUCCCGUGCGGCCACUCCCUCUGCGGGCCUUGCAUCGCCGCCCUCCCGCCCGCCUCCGCCGCUGCCGCAGGCGCAUCCUCCCUUCGUUGCCCUCUGUGCUCCCAGUGCGUCCCGUUCGCCCGCGCGCUCGGCCCCUCCUCCCUCCCCAAAAACCUCGCCCUUCUCGCGCUUCUUCCCUCCCCAUCCCACGCUCUCACCGCCACCCCCGGCACCGCACCGCCUCCCCGUCCCCGCCAGCUCCCGCUCCACGCCGCCCACUCGCGCCUCCUUUCCCGCUUCCGCCACGCCAUCCUCCCUGAGUCCGCUUCGCCGCUCCGCUCCGAGCCAAGCCCCGUCCACCUCGCGUUCGGAUCCCUCGACUCCGACCUCGGCGAGCCAUGGUUCUGCGCGCGGGGCCGCCUCGUGAGCCUCCUUCCGAUCGAGGCCCAAGCAGUCCUCCCGGCGAAGCAGGGAGACGAAUUUUACCGGCCCAGCCACGCGGCGCGGGUGCUCGCCGCGAUCGACGCGCUCAGCGACGCGGCCAAGGAGGAGCUGGCCGGUCUGAUCGUCUCUUCCGCGCUGUUGGGGCGGCUGGUGUGCAGGCUCUACGGGGUCUGGAUGUCCCCGGACGCGCUGCCACUGUGGAUGGUCUCUGAACGGCACCCACGUACGGUUUCCCAAUUGUUGCAAGAGGAGAUUAUCAGUAGGGAGGAGACGGUGGUGCAGACCGGAUUCAUAGUAAUGGAGGCAUGUGAAGUGAUCAUGGGGUUGCACAGCGAGGGGCUGGUGUUGGGGUGCCUCGGCCUGGACUGCUUCUGCCUCGAUCGCUUUGGGCACUGCCUGCUUGAUUUGAAUCAAGCGUUGGCAUUGUGCCGGGGAGUCCAAGCAGGGCCUAGCUCAAACAGUAUUCGAGCUUUCAUCGCUCCAGAGGUGGCGGCGGUGCUAGGUGACACAUUGCGGACGAAGGAUUGCGAUUUUGAUGGUUUGGUUGGCUGUAGCUCGGAUAUCUGGUCGUUGGGUUGUGUGUUCGUGGCACUUCUUACUAGGGAUGAGCAGCUUGUGGCAGGUUGGAACUCUGAAGGACUGUAUGAUGAUUGGGAGAAGGAAGUAGUUACAAGGCUUGAUGCCUCAUUACUUGGUACGGUACUUGAACCAUUGGCUGCAGUUAUAGCAUCGUGCUUGAGAUAUGAUCCAAAAUGCCGUCCAGAGAUUGCUGAUAUUUGGAAAUGUAUUAGAGGCUUGUUAACAAAAUCUGGUGAUGUUAUUUUAGCUCCUGAUGAUGACAUUGCAGCUCAUAAGAGUUUUAGAUGUUUACUCCUUGGGGAGUUAUCGUCGAUGUUCGCUGACUCUGGUGCUGUUGAGUCAGAUGAUAAAACACAACUGUCUCGAGGAGCUGAUGACAACAGUUUGAAUCAGGAUCAUGGAAGUAAUAAUGGUUUCUUAAACAACAGGGGAAUUGAUUUGUCAGGAAUUGAUGGCCCACAGUCUGCCGGAGUGUUUAAAUCAUCAACACUGCUUGCCCACCGUGAUUGUGUAACAGGAUUAGCCGUUGGAGGUGGAUUCUUGUUUAGCUCUUCUUAUGAUAAAACUAUCAAUGUGUGGUCACUGCAGGACUUCUCUCAUUUACAGUGUUUGAAGGGUCAUGAACACAAAAUUACAGCAAUUGUUGCUGUUGACAAUGACAGCCACUCUCUUUGUAUAAGUGGAGACAGUGGUAGCGGAAUUUUCGUCUGGCAUGUAGAUUCCACUAUGAAGGAAGAACCUUUGAAUAAAUGGUACGAACAUAAUGAUUGGCUCUAUCGAGGGGUUAACUGCUUGGCUGUCUCUGGAACUGGUUAUCUUUACACUGGUAGCAGAGACAAAUCUAUCAAGGCUUGGUCACUAGAGGAUUAUUCACUUCGCUGCACCAUGACAGGUCAUAAAUCAACUGUGUCUUGCCUUGUAGUGGCCAGUGGUAUUCUUUACAGUGGAAGUUGGGAUGGUACCAUUCGUUUAUGGUGGCUCACUGAUCAUACACCAUUGUCUGUACUGGAAGAUGAUACAGCAGGAAGCAUAGCCCCUGUAUUGUCAAUUUCAGUAGAAGCCAAUUUUGUUGUUUCGUCAUAUGAGAAUGGCUAUUUUAAGAUCUGGAAGAACGAUUUGCUUGUCAAAUCAGAAAAGCUUCAAAAUGGUGCUGUUUAUGCAGUUAAAUUGAGUGGCAAAUGGCUUUAUACUGGUGGAUGGGAUAAAGUCAUAAAUAUUCAGGAGUUACUGGAUGAUGAGUCAGAGGUAGAACUCCGAGACGUCGCUUCCAUUACUUGUGACUCAAUUAUAACUUCGAUACUGCCCUGGGAUGAAAGGCUGAUAGUUGGAUUAUCCAACAGGGAUAUCAAGGAAUAG